ACUGCGGUGGGAGGAGCCCGAGUAGGGGGCGGAGCGCGUGGCUGAAUGACGCAGGCGCAGUGCGACUUCACAGGCGCGCACCGCCCCCGCGGGUUUGGAUCCGGGUCAGUCAGGCGCGGCGGUCGGGGAGAGACGGUCUGAACUGACGGGACUGGAUCGCCAGGGCGCCCCAGCUGCGGGGAGUAUUAACGAGAACAUCUAUAGAAGUGUAAAAACUUUCACAAUGAAAUCUGAAGCCAAGGAUGGAGAGGAGGAGAGUCUACAAACUGCUUUCAAGAAAUUAAGAGUGGAUGCAUCAGGGUCUGUUGCGUCGCUGUCCGUUGGAGAAGCCACAAGUAUCAGAGCGUCAGUCAGAGCAGCAGUAGAUGAUAAUAAACCUAAAGCCACAUGUCAGUCUAAAGACAGUUGGCAUGGGUCUACAAGGAAGUCUUCACGAGGAGCAGUGAGAACCCAGCGUCGUCGACGUUCUAAGUCUCCUGUCCUUCAUCCUCCAAAGUUCAUACAUUGCAGUACCUUAGCAUCUCCUUCCAGCAGCCAGCUCAAGCAUAAAAGCCAAACUGACACACCUGAUGGCAGCAGUGGGCUGGGAAUUUCAACCCCUAAAGAGUUCAGUGCAGCAGAAAGCUCUACAUCUCUUGAUGCUAAUCGUACAGGGGCAGUUAUUGAGCCUUUGAGAACUUCAGUUCCAAGGCUCCCAUUGGAGAUUAAGACCAAAGACUUUUCUGAUACUACUCAAGUCUCUCAAGCAAGUCUCAAGGCCAAUAAUCUCUCUGACUUUCGAUCUGUUUCCAAGUUAAACCAGGGCAAGCCAUGUGCCUGUGUAGGCAAGGAGUGCCAGUGUAAGAGAUGGCAUGACAUGGAAGUGUAUUCCUUUUCAGGCCUGCAGAAUGUCCCUCCCCUGACCCCAGAACGAAUUUCCACACUUGAGGACUAUUCCCAGUCACUGCACACAAGAACUCUGUCCGGCUCUCCUCGCUCCUGUUCUGAGCAAGCUCGAGUCUAUGUGGAUGAUGUGACCAUUGAGGACCUAUCAGGCUACAUGGAGUAUUACUUGUAUAUCCCCAAGAAAAUGUCUCACAUGGCAGAAAUGAUGUACACCUGAUAGCAAGAAGCUAACUUGUAUGCUUUAAACCAAUGAAGGGUUGUCAGAGAUUUAGUUAAUGGCAGACUUUGUGGCCACUUUGUGAGAAGACAUCUCUUCUCACUGUGCUUGCAAUAAAAACUUUUCUGGGCAUCUCAAUUAAACUUCAUUCUUUAAAUUUA